AUAUAUUUAGUUUUAAAUAACCAGAUAACGUAAUUAAGUUAGGAGUAUCGCCAAGUGGGACUCAAAAUAUAAAGUUCGCUUGUAUGUUUUGUGAUUAAGAGAAAUCUGCUAACGAUAGACCUUUUUAUAAUCAACAAUAAGGAUAUAAGAGAAAUCUAAGAAGCAAUUACCAAGAGGAUUUAUCCGAAAUGGAUAUGUUAUGGCUUGGCGUUUUUGCCACAUUGACAAUUGCCACAUGCCUCGCCACACAAGACUUGAAUUUGGAUCGGGAAGUGAUCAGGCAAUCAAUUUUAUCAUAUCGUUCAAAAAGAAGUAUUUGGAAUCUGUACGAUCUCGACUUUUCUCCAAGAAUGAAAAGAGUUCGUAGGCAAUUGAAUUUUCCUACCGACGACGAAGAUUUUGAUGGCAGUGGUGAAGACGUUUUUGACGGUGAGAUGGCAAGCGGGAAUGGCGAAGGUAUAGAACCUACACCACCUGAUGAAACUGGGCCAGAUGUUCCCAUUGUGAAAAUAAUUGAAUGGGUGUGGUACAGGUCGAAGGUAAAUUUUCUCGAUUCCAUUGAGUACACCAUUGAACUUCAAGACUACACAACAGAGACUUUUCAUUCCUUAUCCGACAAAAUUAUGUUCGGGGUUGAAGAAUAUCUAUCCAGUGUAUUACCAGGAUACCAUGAAGCUACUCCGCUUAUGUUCACGCAACGUCCAAACGGCUUCGUCGAUGUCUUAAUUGACGUUGGAGCUUGCUCUUCCAAUUCACCUGAAAGCUUAGAAAAGGCAAUGCGGGACUUACUAAAAUCCGGACAAAUUGGAGACUUAGCUGUCACUGAAGAGGAUUUUACAAUCAGGGAAGUUGGAAGAGAUCGGACAAGAGCGGAAUGCAGACCCGCUAGUCAAGUUGAAACCACGGCAACAACAACGUCUAAGGCCCCAACAACGACACAACCGAGAACGGAACCUACGCCCCCUGACCAUGGCGACGGGAUAGAUGGAGACGGUACUGUUGUUGUUCGUCCGACCAGUCGCCCAUUCAAUUGUCGCGGCACAGAAGCAACUUGCCGUAACGGCCAGUGUAUCGAUCGAAGACGAAUUUGCGAUGGCACAAAUGAUUGCACAGAUGGAAGCGACGAACCACCUAGUUGCGGCAACGCCGAUUCAGGCAAAUGCGAUCCAACUGAAUUUCUCUGUGUCGGCACCGGCAUAUGUGCCCAAAAGAUGUGGAGAUGUGACGGUGACGAUGAUUGCGGUGACGGGUAUGACGAAUUGGGUUGUCCCACUGCUGCACCUGGUUCGAACUGCCGUGGAAUUGAAUUCGAAUGUUCUUCUGAUUCUAUGUGCGUUCCGGCAAGUUAUCAAUGCGAUGGAGAAACCGAUUGCCGAGACGGUUCCGACGAAGAUGGAUGCGCGGCUCCUAUUAUUAUUACUGGUCCACGAAAAAACGUUACUGUUAAAGAGGGCGAUUUGGUUAUUCUGGAAUGUGAAGCCUAUGGGAUACCAACCCCUAUUGUGUCUUGGAGGUUAAACUGGGGUAAUGUGGGGACUCCACCCCGGAUCAGCAUGACUUCAGUGAAUGGAAAGGGUGAAUUAACUAUCAAGCAAGCUUGGCGAAUCGAUCAAGGUGCUUACACAUGUGAAGCCAUAAAUUCAAAAGGAAGUAUAUUUGCUGUACCAGAUGCUGUAUUAACAGUUAUUGAUGCUGGAGAACCUGAUGACCAACCACCUUGUCCACCUGGACAAUAUGGGAUGGAAGAAGAUUCAUGCAGACCUUGUUAUUGUUUCGGAGUAACCAAUGAAUGUGAACCACUGAAAAGGGAAUAUGACGAGAUCGGUAUAACAUUCGAAUCUCCAGAAGACGUCGGAUACAUUGAAAUCAAACCUGCUGAGUCGGAGGGGGCUGAUCCAACACCAGCUUCUGAACCAAUUAAUAGAAAUCAAAUUGUUGUCAAACCAGCUGCUAGAGAGCUUCAACUUAUCGACCUGUCAAAAAGAUUUCUCGCUGCAGCUCAUUAUUGGAGCUUACCAGCUCAAUUUUUGGGAGCAAAGAUCAACAGUUAUGGUGGAACACUGACAUUUUCGUUCAGCUACAAUAACAGUUAUAACUUUGAACCGAAGCCAACAAAUUAUAGUGAUGUUAUCAUUGAGGGUGCCAAUGGUAAAACUCUGGUCUAUCACGACAAAGGAACACACCCAGAACCAAAAUCCAAGCAUACAAGGAAUGUCAGCCUAACAGAGGAUGGUUGGACAACACCAGGUGGUGAUGUUGCAAAUCGUGAAGACAUGUUAGGAGUUUUGAACAAUGUUGAUAAACUUCUGUUAAGAACUGUUUAUGACAACAGUAUGCUUAGCACAGGGAUUGGUGAUGUCCGCCUGCGUGUUGCUCAACAGUCUGCAACACCAGGUGGGAGUUCUACAGGCGUGAUGGCUUAUGAUGUUGAAAAAUGCAUUUGCCCAGAAGGUUAUGAGGGAUUAUCUUGCCAGUAUUGUGCCGCUGGAUAUGAAAGAAUCACUGUCGGUCCAUUUGUUGGAAAAUGUGAAAAAAUUAUAACUGAUGAAAAAGUGCCAUGUGAUGUAGGAUACACAGGGGAUGAUUGUUCCGAGUGUGCACCUGGUUAUGAGGCUUACGAUGGCGUUUGUCUUCUAAUUGGCUCUUUAAGAUGUGAUUCAGCAGGAACAGCUGGACUCACAUUAGGCACAGAGUGUGAGUGCAAAAGAAAUGUUGAAGGGGAAAGAUGCGGUACAUGUAAACCAGGAACUUUUCAUCUUGAACAGAGUAAUCCAUAUGGAUGUACAGAAUGCUUCUGUAUGGGCAUCACUCGACAAUGUACUGGUUCAAACUGGUACAGAUAUAAGGUCGUACCCGAGUAUGGGGAGAAUGACCGCUUUCUUUUGACCAAUGCUGGUUCCACACGUAGACUUCAAGAUAUAGUGGAAAUGAGACGAUCUUUAGGCAGAGGUUCUGUUCGGGCAAAUUUAAGUCUACAACCACGAGAUGUUUACUACUGGGUACUUCCUGCAGUGUUUUCCGGAAACAAAAUUUCAGCCUAUGGAGGCCACUUUCGGUACACAAUUGAGUAUGAUCAAAAUGAGGGUGCAAGACCUAUUACUAGAAUUGGAGAUGUGAAAAUCAUUGGGAACGACUUCACUUUAGAAUAUAGAAGCAAUGUACAUCCAUCACCAGGACGACCGGCUUCAUAUGAUGUCAAGCUAACAGAGGAUUAUUGGGUGAAUACUGACAACACUCCUGCUACUCGUGAACAUUUAAUGAUGGCAUUAGCUGAUAUUGAGAGCAUUCUUGUUCGUGCAACAUAUUCUACAGAUAUGCUAUAUACAUCUGUUUAUGACAUUUCACUCGAAGCCUCAGCCGACAGAAACACAGGAGGUCGCAGAGCAGUUGAAGUUGAAUAUUGUUCUUGUCCUCCUGGGUAUGAAGGUUUAUCCUGUGAGGAUUGCGCACCAGGAUACUACAGAUCAAGUGAUGGACCUUACCUUGGAACUUGUGUUAGAUGUUCAUGUAAUGGACAUAGUGACAGAUGCGAUACAAAAACAGGACAAUGCCUUGAUUGCAGAGACAAUACAGCAGGUGACCAAUGUGAUCGAUGUGUGGAAGGAUUUUAUGGUGAUCCCAGAGUUGGUGCUUGUAGGCCUUGUCCUUGCCCCAUGUUGCCUUCUCGCUCAGACAGAAUCAGAGUGGCAUCAUGCAUUCUAGAUAUUGAUGGAUUGCCAACUUGUGAUGAAUGUCCACCAGGAUAUGAGGGUCGAAACUGUGAUAAAUGCUCAAGUGGAUUUGAAAUUGAUGAACUUCGAGGAUGCAAGAAAACAGGAACUUCAUGCCAAUGUGAUCCGAAUGGUUCUGUUGAUGGUACAUGUGAUUCUGAUGGACAAUGCGAUUGCAAAGUCAGUGUAUCAGGUCUGAAAUGUGAUGUCUGCAAGCCUAGUUAUUUUUACUUCAGUGUUGAAAACACUAACGGAGGAUGCCUUCCUUGUUUCUGUAUGGGAGUCACUAAACAAUGUGAAUCUGCUCGUUAUAUCAGAGAUGUGGUUACUGCAGACUUCAAUACUGAUAAUUUUGCACUAACUAAUGCAAGAAGGAGUCAACGAUUUACAGAAAAUAUUCAAGUCCGAUCUAGAGGAGAGGUUCUUACAAGACAAAGAAUGAACAAUCUUCCUUCUGAUACUUACUAUUGGGAAUUGCCUUCUCAAUUCUUGGGAAAUAAGGUUGUUUCUUAUGGCGGAGAACUUAAUUACACGGUUUCAUAUACUCCUCUUUCUUCCGGAGCACCAACAUCAGAAGCUGAUGUCAUUAUUGUUGGAAACGACAUUAUGCUUGUUGCAACAUCUGGUGGUGAAGUCGAACCUCGACAAAUGACUCGAAGAACUGUUAAGUUUAGAGAGCAAAACUGGCGAAGGGCUGAUGGACAACCAGCAACAAGAGAACAUUUGCUCAUGGCUUUGGCUGAUUUAGAAUAUUUACUAAUAAGAGCCAGUUAUUCUACAUCAAUAUCAGAAUCCACUAUCAGUUAUAUUUUCAUGGAAACUGCUUCUGGUGAAGAAUUAGAUGGAACUGACUUUGCAUAUGAAGUCGAACAUUGUACUUGCCCUGAUGGAUAUGGAGGAUUGUCAUGUGAAGACUGUUCUGAAGGGUACACUCGAUCUGCUGGUGGAUAUUACCUUGGUUUAUGCAAACCAUGUCAAUGCAAUGGACAUUCAGAUAAAUGUGACUCGGAAACAGGAGACUGUUUGGAAUGCCAAGACAACACUGUUGGACCAAGUUGUGAUUCAUGCGCACCUGGUUUCUUCACAAUGUCAGAUAAUCCAAUUGAUAUGUAUUGUUCACCUUGUGCAUGUCCUAAUACAGAAGAAAACAGCUUUUCUAGGACCUGUGAAUAUGUCCCAGAGACCAGAAAUCUCUUAUGUACUGCAUGUGAGAAAGGUUAUGAGGGUACAAGGUGUGAAAAUUGCGCUGAAGGGUAUGAAGGAAACCCUAGAAAUCCAGGGGGAAAAUGUACAAAGAAAACUGGAGGUUCAACUGGAGGAAUCAUUCAGUCUCCACCGAUUGUUACUGUGACACCAUCUACGUUAAAUGUUGGUGAAGGAAAAUCUGCCACUUUAAGGUGUGAUGUGAAAUCAACCACCAUCUAUAAUGUAACAUGGCAUCGUACAGGGACAGCUGCAGGACGUCCAAUUCCUAAUUCUGCAGUUGUUGAUAACAGAGACUAUACUCUGACAAUACCAAACAUUGCAAGAAACGAUGCCGGUACUUAUGAAUGUAUUGCACAGAAUCAAGUCGGUGUUGGAGUGGACUCUGCUGUUCUUACCAUUGCCAGGAAACGACCCAAGAUGGAAGUCAAAGUUGAGGAACCAACAAGACGUAGCCUUCCUACUGGUAGCCAAGUCACUUUUGUGUGCACAGCACAAAGCGAGAUGAAUGCCUAUAUUGUUUACUGGUCAAAACAAGGUGGAAGACUGCCAGACAGGGCAACUGAUUUCAAUGGCAUAUUACACAUCACAGAUCUUACAGAAGAAGACACUGGUACAUAUGUAUGUACCGGUUCAAACAUGUAUGAGAUCGAUGAUAAAAAAGCAACAUUGUUUGUAGAGCGAGAUUCAAGUGCAGUCCGGCCCUCUGUUACAAUUGAGCCAGCAAGACAAGUUAUACGAGAAGGAGAUGAAGCUCACUUUAGAUGCACUGCUGAUGGAACGCCACCAAUUAGCAUUGAAUGGAGGCCAUCUGCUGGCGAGAAAAUGCCUGAAAAGGCUGAAGUGGUCAAUGGAGAAUUAUACAUACCAUCUGUAUCUAUGGACAAUUCAGCAGUAUUCUAUUGCAGAGCAUCAAACCCACAAGGAUUUGCUGAAGCAACAGCAUUAUUGGAUGUUACAGCUGUUGGAGGGCCACCAGUGGUCACAGUGAUUACACCUGAACAAGUGUAUGCAAAAGAAGGAGAAAACAUUGACAUGAGAUGCACAGCUACUGGUCGUCCUAGACCAUUGUUUUCUUGGAGAAGAUUGGGUAGGCCUGGACUACCAGGAAAUGCUGAACCCAGAGGAGGAUCACUUCAGAUCAUCAAUGUUCAAGUAAGCAAUCGUGACACCUAUGUUUGUACUGCAAGAAAUGUAUUUGGAGAAGAUUUUGGCACAAUUACAGUUAAUGUUACUUCUUCAACUAUUGUAGAGAAACCCAUCUGCAAAACUGACCCAGAAUCAUUGACAGUCUAUGUUGGAGCAGAUACAUCAGUUACAUGUGUACCAAAAGGUGAUCCUGUACCUACUGUAACAUGGGCCAGAUCAGAUGGUCGAAGACUUCCACCUAAUGCCAGAGUCAUUGGUAACAAACUAUAUUUCCGCAAUGUUACAAUUUCUAAUGCUGGAAAAUACAUGUGCAUUGCGACAAAUUCUGGAGGCACAACAAGGAGUGAGAUGUCGAUUACAGUAGAAGACAAAAGUCUUCCAAAGGUUGAGAUUUUACCAAGAAAUCAGCAACGAGUGGAGAUUGGUCAGUCAGCCAGUUUUACAUGCAGACCCACAGCUGGACAUCCAGUGGAAGUGACCUGGAGUAGAACUGACAGAAAACCAUUUACAAAACGCACCAGUCUGGGUGAUGGUGGAGUCAUAACAUUCACUAAUGUUACUCAAGAAGAUGGAGGAAGUUAUGUCUGUAUUGCUAGAAAUGUUGUCGGAUUUAGAGAAGUUGCAACUUUACUUAGUGUUAUUCAAAAACCAACAAUUUCUAUUGAACCAACAUCGAAUGUAUAUUUAAGGAGAGAAAGUUCAGUAUUAUUAAGAUGUAAUGCUGAUGGCAUACCGGUACCAAAUGUUGCAUGGAAGAAAGUCUAUCUGUUUGGUCAACAAAUCAUUCUCACUCACUACAAGCGACAUUCAAAUGAAAUUCGUGUUCGUGCAAAUGAUAUUACUGAUUCUGCAACUUAUAUGUGUAUUGCUGCAAGUGCUGCAGGAGAUGCUCAACAAAAAGUAACAGUAACAGUUGGCGAAAAGGAAACUGUCAUCACUCCAUUUGCAUCUGUGGAAAAAACAAUUGUUUCUGGUAAAUUAUCAACAAAAGUACAAUUAAGAUGUGGAGCAAGUGGUCACCCAACACCCCAAUUGGAAUGGACUAAAAAAGAUGGUCAACUUCCAUCAGGAAGCACACAAGAAAAUGGAGUUUUAACUAUAGCAAAAACAACAGAAGAUAGUGCUGGUCUCUAUGUCUGUACUGCUUCAAAUGAUGGUGGAAUUAGUACCGCUGAGUCGACUUUAGAAAUCCUGGUUGCCCCUAAGUUGGAGAUAUCACCACCAGGAGCUGUAAUUUAUGUGGCAACAGGACAAUCUCAAGUUAUUACAUGUUCUGGUUAUGAAGGAAGCCAUCCUAUCUCGUAUAAAUUUAGCAAGGUUACGGGUCAAAUAUCUGAAAAUAUAGUCGCUUCGGGAGAUGUUCUUCACGUUAUAUCUUUUGAUCCAAACACAGAUUCUGGUGCUUAUACUUGUACUGGGUCCAAUGCUGCAGGAACUGGUACUGCUGAAGUUACUCUUUUACCUUUAGAAUCUCCGAUGGUGGAUGUGGAAUCACCCAAAAUAACUGUAAACACUGGUGAUCUUAUUAAACUUGAUUGUGUAUCUGGCAACAAGCUUGAUGAUUUGACUUGGUCAAAAUCAGAUGGAACAGUUAAUACAACACGGGGUUCUCAAGCCAAUGGUUUACUUCGAAUUGUUAAUGCUCAUGUAACAGAUGCUGGAAAAUAUGUUUGUACUGCUUCGAACGCAGCUGGAACUUCAACUAAAUCAGUUACUGUAGUUGUGCAAGAGUAUCCAACAGCAAUUCUAACAGUAUCAAAAAAUCCAGAUGAAAUCAGAGUUGGAGAUACUUUUUAUUUAUCAUGUGAUGCUCUUGGUAGUCCCAAGCCUGAAGUCACAAUAACAAAGGAUGGGUUAGAGCUUUUGACUGUUGUUGAUGGCAUGUAUUCCAUUGAUUCCGCAACAUCGUUUGAUGCAGGAAAAUAUUCAUGCAUUGCAUCAAAUGUAGCUGGUACUUCAACGGAUGAUAUAAAUAUUGUUGUACAAGAACCGCUGUCUUUGAGUAUUAUCCCUGAGAUUGAAGUUUUUGAAACAAGAUCUGGUGAAGCACUUGCUAUAUCAUGUGUUGUUACCGGCACUGAUCUGCCAGUAACAUGGACGAGACAGGGUAGAGAACUUCCUAAAUCUGCUGUUGUGGCUGGUAAUGUCAUACAGAUUGAUAAAGUAUCUUCAACCGACGGUGGAACAUACAUUUGCUCAUCCGAUCCUGAGGGAAAUACUCUAGAAAAAUCUAUUGAAGUAAAAGUACAUGCAUACAUACCUUACUUCACACAAUCACCAACCUCAUAUCUGAGUCUCACUGGAAAUGAAGAGUUUUAUCAAAUUUUGAGAAUAACAAUUUCUUUCCGGCCUAACUCGGGAGAUGGAUUACUUCUUUAUUCAUUCGGUUCUGGAGGAGAUUAUAUGAGUUUAGUUUUGAUUAAAGGAAAGGUUGAAUUCCGUUACAAUGUUGGCUCUGGUGAUGCUGUCAUUGUCAGUCGAGAUGUGGUACAAAUGUCCGAAUGGCACACCGUCACUAUAUCUAGACAUGGUAAUGAAGGACAACUCAUCUUAGACAAGGAUGAACCUGUAUAUGGAACUUCUGAAGGAAGCUUCCAAGCUUUAGAUCUUGAUCAACCUCUCUAUGUUGGUGGUUAUCCAAGAGAUGGUCAAACUCUUCCUGAUCAUCUUCAAUUUUUGGGAGUCGAUGUUGGAUUUUAUGGCUGCAUAAGUCAAUUGAUUAUUGGAGAUAAUAAUGUUGAUAUGGGAGCAUCAGAACUCAUUGAAGAGCAAGUUGGCAUUCUACGUUGUAAGACAUGUGGUGCUGGACCUGAAGAAUCUCCUUGUCAGUAUGAUUCUGUCUGCACAGAAACUCACUCUACUAUCAAAGGAUAUGCAUGCGCUUGUUCUAAAGAUUUUGUUGGGCCAGAAUGCCAGUUUAGAAAGGAAGAAAUUUGUGGCGAUAUAGAUGCAUGUGGAGCCUAUGGAUCUUGUACACCUGACUAUGAGCGAGAACUGGGAUACAGGUGUGAAUGCCUACCUGGAUAUGGGGGACCAAAAUGCCAAAAUGAAGUUUUAGAACCGUUGAAUAAUGAAAAUGAGAGUCCAAGCGAUGCACCUGCGCCAGAUGACUUGCCAGAUGAUACAUUAAAUGGUGGAAAUGUCAUUCCGGAAGCUACUUCAUUUUCCAAGGGAUCAUACAUGGAACUUGGUGCCACCCAUGAUAACCUAAAACAGUUUGACGUCAUGCUCAGAGUCAAAGUUCGAACUCUUGAUGAUGGGCUUAUUUUGUACAACGGUGGAGCAUUGAAUGACAGAAAAAGGGACAUUUCAGACAGCGAUAUUUUUGUUUCUCUGGCAAUGAGAAAUGGAUCUCUCGAAUUCAGAUAUAAUUGUGGUUCAGGUCUUGCAACAUUAAGCUCUCCUGGAACAGGGCUUAGUGUUGGCCAAUGGCAUAAAAUUCAUGCGAAUCGAGCAAAUCGCAAAGGUAUUUUGAAAGUAGAUGAUGUUGUAGUAGCAGAAGGUCAAUCACCCAAAGGGGGACGCAGAGCUGAACUAACUGGUCCGCUAUUCAUCGGAGGAGUUAAUUUUUGGGACCGAAUUCCAGAACAAGUUGGAGUCACUGAGGGUCUUGAAGGAUGCAUUGAACGGGUCAUAAUAGAUGGGAAACAUACCAGCCUUCAUGCUGCAGUCAGUUCUAAGAAUGUAGAAAGUUGUGAAGAACCUGCUACUACUACAGAAGAGGUUACAGAAUCUCCGACCACUGCAAUAUCUACUUCCACUACACACGUAGAGGAAGAAGAAGAUGUCUUAGGCCCUUUAUUCAUUGACUCUGGAAUUCCAACAGGAUUUUCUGGUACAUCCGCAAAAUUCAGUGGAAAUUCAUUUAUAUCUUACUCGGGAGAAACAUUCUCACAUGAUGAAGUUGCAGAACAAAUAAGUCUUCAUUUUAAAACCAAAGAUCCAGAUGGUUUAUUAUUGCUGCAAGGAAGGAGUGGUGGAGAUUUCAUUCAACUUGGAAUAAGAGAUGCUCGUAUAGAGUAUAUGUUUCAACUUGGAUCUAGUCAAGUCAAGGCCCAAGGCUCAUUUCCACUAGCAGAUGGUCAGUGGCACAAUGUUACAGUAACCAGAAGAGCAUCCUUGGCUUUAAUGUGGAUAGAUGACUUACAAUGGCCAGUUGCAGUACAAGCAGAAGGGGACCUUUCUGAAAAUAUGGACCUUGGGGAUUUGUAUAUAGGUGGUACGGAUGACGUUCCAAUUUCUACUGGAGAUCGAUACAGACAAGGAUUUAAAGGCUGCAUAAAAGAUGUAAAGAUCAUAUCACUUGAUGCAGAAAAAUCAAACCGACUGGGUGAGGCAUAUUUCGACAAUUCUGAAGUGUUACCUUUGCAAUUUGGGCCUGGUGAGGGUAGAAAAGCUGUAAAGGGAAUUUCGAAGUGUCGUCCAGAUAAACACAGGACUGCUGGCUUACACUGAAGAUGAUUGAAUUUGACAUCUGUAAAAGAGAACACUGAUUUUGAUCGAUAUGAUUUUUAAUUAACUGUUUAAGCAUUGAAUAUUACAACACAUAACAAGUACAUUUUGUAUCACAGAUUUAAAUGUGGCCUCGUAAGGGCUAACCAUAUCUGAUGUUAGCAUCAUUGUCUCACUUAUGCUACAUUGAUAUAUAAAAAAACAAUUGUACUCAGGCCUUCAAUUUCGUUUUCCUCUGUUAAUUCUUGCCCGGUAGUAAUUGCCCACAACUUCUUAGAAGCAUUGAUAUCCAUAUAAAUUUACUCUUUUUUUAUGAGCUUUCAUUAUUUGCUUGGGUUGUAACAAAUGUUUUUCUUACCAGAUUACAUCCAAAGUAUAUGCCUUAACAUUAUAUUAAUCAUGUCUACAUUAUGGAAUCUCAAUUAAUAUAGUUUUGGGGUAAUUUCAAAUUGGUCUUUGGUUCCUCAAGUGCCUUUUUGUACAUUGUAACUAUUUUGCCUAAGCUGUAGUAUAACAAUACCUCAAAGUUAAAGAUAUAGAUAAGUUGGCCUUAUAGUGUUUUGUGACAUCACAAUAUCAUCAUUAUAUGACAUCCUUUUAUCAUCCUACAUAGUUGUAACUAAUGCAGCGAUUUCAAUCAUUGCGCAUGAGCUAUUAUUGCCAGACCCAUCCUUAUUUUUAUAACUAUUUGUUUGUUUGUUUUAAUAAGUUCUUUCGAUUACAUAUAUUUUAGGUAAAUAUAUAUCCUAUUUUACAGCAUGCUUUCUUAAUUUUGUUAUCAUAUUUGCACAGUUCUUGAUCUAAUAAUAGAAUGCUUGAUUGUGUUGAAACUACUUAUAUUAAAUCAUGAUGUUGAAUGAGUUAAUUUUGUCAUUGCAAAAAAUGAGUAUUAAAUAACUAGUAAUAAUGAUAGCCAAAUGUGUCUUUUCGUUUGAUCAUGAAUAAUGUCCUUUCUUUAUUCCCAUUUUACUUUUCUUUUUGGUAUGCAGUCCUCGUUGUAACUGGCUGUAAAAAUGCUAAUGUUGUGUUUUUUCGAUUCUGGUUUGAUACACUCGUUGCGACAGACUUAUUAUCUAGUAGUUUAGUCAUCUCAUUCACUCUGACACCCCUCUAUAUUUUACUUCUUUACAAAUCCAAUUGAAUAAUCCAAUCCAAUUGAUUUUCUGAUUGAUGCUAGUAGAAUUUUUAAAUUUGAUUUGUGGGAAUUGACUAUCCAAUUCAUAAUCCACGAUCCCACACUUGCAAAUAUUUUUUUUAUUUUCGGAAAAUAUCAAUAUUUCCAACAUUGUAUGAAUUCUUUUAUUUUGUUGUGUGCUCUUUUACUCCCAAUUAAAAUUUAUCUUCGAUUUAUAUCCGAUUAUCGAACAUAACUCGAUGAUAAUUUUUAGAUUCUAAUUUUUAGCCUUUAAUCAGCAUAAUAUUAUCUCAUUGCCUCUAUCUAUUCCCAUUCAAAUGUUAUAUCGAUCGUAAAACACAUACAAAACAAUUGUAGGGCAUGUAUGCAUGAAACAUAUUUUUAAAAUAUGCAUGUACACGCGUUGUUAAUGCAUAUUGAAAAUCUGUAUACCUUCUCAAAUUUAUUCCAUUGGAAUAUCUAAAUCAAUGAUCAAGUUUUUGCCAUUUUUGCUUUGCCAGUUUUGUUCUUUGAUAAUGUUUCAAGUAAUCUCUAAAUUAAAAUAUUUGAAAAAGGG